AGCCAGGCAGAGACGGAGCUCACACAGGCGAGCGGGGCUGCAGUUGCAUAGGCCGAUCCGGGGAUAUAUGGAAGAAAAAAAGAAGGAGAAAGAAAGGAGAAAACCCAAAGAAGAGCGUGGUUUUGGAGGGCUGCAUCACGCGUUUGCCUUUGUCCUAUGACCCCCCCAUCCCACACCCCCUCCACCCCCACCUUCUCCCUUGUUUGAGUGUCUGCUGGGCUGGUGCAGUCUGAGGGAUGUAGCAUUAGUGCCUGCACCGUCCAACUACCUGUGUGGCCCCCGCAUGGAGGACAGUGGACAGGGAUGCGUUUGAUGCAGGACAUUUUACCCGACACACGAAUGCCUCCUCAGCAUUUAAUCGGACAUGCCGACGUUACGACAUUUUAUUGACAACACAAACCAAGGUAAACACCGAAAGUGUGGAUAUUUAUUCAUACAUUUAUGCCAAGAGUGUCUUUAAGUGGUUUACUGCUUUACUGCUUUACAAUCCGGCAUCAUCUUAAGAACUGAAACGAGCAAUUCCCCGACUUGCUAGGAUUUAUUAUAAUUAGCCCGUUUGCGUCCGCGCACAAAUUAAUUAGAAAAAAAUUAGAGGAAGCUAUCCGCGCUCGUGGAAACAUCUUUAAAACUCUGCCGCCGCUUUGUUGCACACGUUUACAACGAUUUGGGCUCUGAAAGGCGACUUUUCCAGCGUUUUAAAUGGACUGUUGCGGUAGGAAGUUCAGACAAUGCAAUCAGUAGACAGCCACGUGCUCGCCAAGUUUGUGUCGCCUCAAACGCUUUGAUAAAACAAGACACGGAAAGCUGUUCGCCGGUGAUUUAGCUCGCUAAAAGCUGCUCGGUGUGCAAAGGUUUGUGCUCCCUGUGUUCGUGUUCUCUUUAAAAUCUCUUGUUUAAUGUCCUUUAACAGAGAAAGAGCCCGCAGGAGCACAACAACGCUGCAUGCGGAGGGACUUUCUUUUUUUUUGUGCACGAGACAGUUUAUUGCACGCCAACCUAGCUUGAAAGCGAAGCUAAAUGUGGUUGUUUUUGAAUUAUUUGACAUUACUUUGUGUUAGUGGUAGGAGGACAUGAGUUGCUAUGCGUAAUAGGAGGAGGAGUGGAAGUCGGGACGCAAGGGGCUCUUAUGUUGAUAGUCGGAAUAAAACAUGAUGACAGUCCUGUUAUUGCCUACCUGGAGCACAGUUUGACCAAAUGUGACAAAGAUGGUGUCUUCCUCCAUCUGUGUCUCCCUGUCAUCUAGGCAUCGCAUGUGCCAACUUUUUUCUGUGAAUAUGGCUUUGUGAGAGAGUCUCUGGCUCGUCACCCUCGCCGGGAUUCCCCGCAAUAUUUUCAACGAGAGACGAGAGGAGAAACAAAUUCUGCAAAAAUGGACAAAGAAAGUACUGGUACUCAAUAUGAGGCUGUGGCCGAGAUUGGAGAAGGCGCUUAUGGGAAAGUGUACAAGGCGAGAGAUUUGAAGAACGGCGGACGCUUUGUAGCCCUAAAAAGAGUUCGUGUCCAGACGGAGGAAGAGGGGAUGCCUCUCUCCACCAUCCGGGAGGUGGCGGUACUGAGGCAGCUUGAGGCUUUUGAGCACCCCAAUGUUGUCAGGUUGUUUGAUGUGUGUACAGUCUCUCGGACUGACAGAGAAACCAAACUCACUCUGGUCUUUGAGCACGUGGAUCAGGACCUGACCACCUACCUGGAGAAGGCUCCUGACCCUGGAGUACCACCUGAGACCAUCAAGGACAUGAUGUACCAGCUGCUCCAGGGGCUGGACUUCCUGCACUCGCACCGCGUGGUUCACCGUGACCUGAAACCCCAGAAUAUCCUGGUUACCAGCGGAGGACAGAUCAAACUGGCUGACUUCGGUCUCGCCCGCAUCUACAGCUUCCAGAUGGCGCUCACCUCUGUGGUGGUGACGCUGUGGUACAGAGCUCCAGAGGUGCUGCUCCAGUCCAGUUACGCUACACCAGUGGACCUGUGGAGCGUCGGCUGCAUCUUCGCUGAGAUGUUCAGGAGAAGGCCGCUAUUUCGAGGAAACUCAGAUGUUGAUCAGCUGGGAAAGAUUUUUGAUGUUGUUGGGGUACCUUCAGCAGAAGACUGGCCCCAGGAGGUGGCCCUACCACAGAGUGCCUUCACCCCCCGGCCCCCUAAGCCAAUAGAGAACUUGGUUCCAGACAUGGACGAGCAAGGGCGGGCCCUCUUAAUGCAAUUCCUCGCUUUCAACCCCUCCAGGAGGAUAUCGGCCUUUGCCGCACUGAGCCACCCUUACUUUCAAAGCGUGGACAGCCACAGUAGAAGUGUGUACGCGGCCCAACCCAUCCCCAGCAACAAGCCCACUAUGGAGGAGAGGACUGCCUGACCGUCCUCCCUCACCCUCAUCAUCCCAUACAGUGUCUAUAAAAAGUAUUCUGCAUACCCCUGCUUGGUGUUAUUCAUGUUUAGUUGUUUUCACAGUGAUAAAUCAAAGUGUGUUGAUUAAGCUUUUUUGACACUGAUCUGCAGAUAAAUCUUAAUUGUCCAAGUGGAAAUAAAUCUGUAGGAAUAGAUGUAAUUUAAGUCCGAAUGUAAUAUUGUCCACCUCUAGUCAGUAUAUAGACGGGCACCUUUAGCAUCAUUUACAGCCUUGAGCCUUAGUGGUUGAAUUUGCAUUAUCCUUGCGUGUUUGUACUGCAGUUUCCCCUCAUUCGUCUCUGGCUCUGUCAGUCUGCAUCAUGAGCAUGACUGAAGAGCAGUUUUCAAGUUCUGCCACAAAUUGGAUUUAGGUCUUGGUUGUGAUUUGGCCACUUGAGCAUUGCAUUUAUUUUACCCUCUACCUUCACAGGCUUUGCAUAGCAUAUUUAGCUUGUUGGUCAAAAAGCUUGAUUUUGGUGUGCUCCCACCAUGGCGCCUUCUUCUCUCCCACAUGCCUUCGGGCAAAUGCAAGCUGAAAUGUCAUGAGAUUCUUCAACAGUGGCUUUGUCUUUGCCAGUUGGCCAUAAAGCUAGAAGUGCACCCAGGCAGCAGUCGCUGUAGGCUCAGUUAGCUCAGUAAGUACCUUCUUUAGAGUCAUUCAUUUAUUGCUGCUGCCUUGAGGAUGGCCUGCUCUAAACAGACAUGUACUCCAUACUCAGUGCCUUCAUAUUUUACUGGCAUCCUUCAACUGAUUGGUACAUUUCAUUAACCUUGUUGUGGAUCUGUUUGAUGUUUCUGUUUUUAUAAUGUAGUUUAUGACAGCUGUUGGGUAAUACAUAAUCUAGAUCCAUUCCUAGAGAUUUGUUUUUGAUGUUUAAAAAGACAUUUGUUCCGAUAAUCUGUGUCAAAAAAGCUUCAUCAACUGUGUUUCUGUGUUGUACGUAGAAACGAAACAAGAACUAAACCAAGGGGGCAAAUACUUCUUUAUAGUCAAUGUACAAAGCUCCAGGAAAUUACUCCUAAAGAGAGGGUAAAGAUGGUGACGUGAAAGACGACACCAGCACUCUCACUCCCUGAAAAAUGCACAAAAGCUAUCCUCCUUCCAUGAACUGAUGGAUUGUACUUGCUGCUUUUAGGUUGUUAAAUGUUGAUGAUUGACCAUUAACAAUGCAAAAGAGACUUGCAUCUCAGAUUGACUGGUAGUAGUGGGCAGACGGACUGUGGAGGCUGUGGAACAGAGGACACUUUAGGACCAGUGUUAAGCCUCGCAAGAGCCCCCUUGACCGAGGGGUCCCGACCAUACAGGAGCCUGGGUGGACAUUGUGGACCUCACCUGCCUUUACGCUCACUGUGGGUGUGUGCAGCGAGCAGAUAUACAGUACAAGCAUGCUCAAAGAUACGUACGCAGCAUUUAGUGUGUGCACUACCACUGACAUUUAGCACGCUCAUGUACACACCUACUUAUCGAAACAUUAUUAGGCAUCACAAUCCAGCCACUCACUGCCAUGUCGUGACUUAUCAUCCCAGUUCUACAUGUAUCAUAUCACUGCCACCUUGAGGAUGUCCUGUGUAACUGCAGACCAGUAGCGGGAUUCUAAUGGUUUCUGCACUCUUCAAGGAACUCGUCAUAAUGGGCUGAUAUCAGUGCUGAGACAAUGAUGAAAGAACCUUUUAGAAACGUUCCUGCCACUCACUUGGUGUUUAUGACUUGCUUCUAGUCUGCCAUCAUGGGCUUUUAUCAUUAUAAAAUACAAUUAUUAUUUACUAUCCGAAUGAUACAGUAAUGCACAGGCUUGCAAUAGGUGGAGAAAGUCCCACCAGCACUAUACAACAUGAAUACAUUUGGCACAGAAGAGUGUCGCCAAUAUUCUGUAUUUAAUUUUAAUUUUAUUGACAAGUCUUAUAUGCUUGUUUUCGUCAAGUUGUUACUUGAUUUUUUUUUCGUUUUUUUCGUUUUUUUUUUUUAAGAUGCUGGGGCAUACAAUAUUCUUACACCAAUUACACCAACUCUUUAGAUAAUUAUAGAAUUUGUGUAAGAAUAGUUUGACAAUGUAAGGAAUGUAUAAAGGAUAGGCAUUGGUACUGUACGGUAUAGAGUGCUAAGUACAAGCUGUAAUGAUAGAAACCUUUUGAUAUGUGCAUCGUCAGCCCAUAGAUAUGUCAUAAAAAUGGAUAGAUGUAGAGUUAGCGAGGGUCAGUGGAAUGUUGUAUGGCGAGAGUAUUUUGUCUAUUGAGAAUGUCAGGCGCGCUCUUGGGGUGCUUGUUGAAUUUCAUAUGCUUUGGAUUGAGAGUGACUACGAAUUUUACAGUGGUUUUGAUAAUGAAAUAAUGCACAAAUAUUUUGUGUACAGUUUUUGCUUUAUUCUCCAGUCUUGUCCCUUUGCAUUCAAGUCCAGUUUUUACCAGCAAGGAAAAAGCAAGUUAUGCAGAGUUGUAUUUUUGUAUGUAGUAGUUCUUGCAGAACAGUAACAUAUUUUAACACUGGUUAACGUUUUCCUAACAGGUAGUGCUGCUAGCACACACACACAGACACACUCUCCUACUUUCUCAGGUUCUUGUUAUGGAUGUCCGAACCUUUCGGGCACAGUUUGCACAUCUCUGGGCUACUAACUGACCACAUCACAACUCCUUCAGGUUUUCUUUCAAGCUGUUCCACGAUCAUGUCUUUGAUCAGUCUACUGUCAUUCCAAGAUUCAGCAAAUAUAUGUUACUGUAGUCAUUACUGUCUGAAGAUAACUGCCUGUAUGAACUGUUUUUGCCAGCAACUUUCAAUUGCUAGAUGGCGAACACAAUGUAGAUCCAUGUAUAUGUAAUUGUCUGCUCGACUAAGCACUGUGUGAAUUUUCUCUCUGAUGACGACUCAUAUCUGGUGUCAGUGGUGCAUACAAUGCAAUGAAAGCUCCAAAUACUUUAGACAUAGACGUUUACAAUUAAAAUAAUGACUGCUUUGGUCUCAUUCCACUUGAUACAAUCACUGUAUGCUUUUCUUAUGAGUUAACCGGUUUGUAAUACAUUUCAUUCUCAUAAAAUUGAAGUCCACUGUUGAGCUUUUAGAAGUUUCACUGUUUUGAAGCCAAGGUAGCUUGGUCCAUCAUAUAACUCAAAUUCCAUAUAUUUUCCUGUGUCACAUUUGUUUUUAGCAUAUGAAAAAUGGAGACUAGGAAAAACACAAUCAUGGCAUUAUACUUAAGUAUGAAUGCUAGCAUUGGUGUCUUAUUGUGUUGCACCAGUUGAAUAAAAAGCGGCUUUUUGUGAAUCUUGUUUUGGACUCAUUUAUGACAAAUUAAUGAAUUGUUCCAGUGAAUGUGUAUUAAACAUACCUAAUAUUCUUUUGGAAUGAGGAAACAAUUGAAGCAACACAACUGCUGUUGCAUUUUGUCAUAUUUGCAUUCUGCCACACAGCCUUUUCUCAACAAUAUGCUUCUAUGUCAUAUGAGCAUGAGAACACAGUUUUUAAGAAUAAAUUAAAUUUUUUUUUGUAUCA